UGGCACAUUGGCACCGGGGAACGUGUGUUCUGGCAACAAAAGAGGUCCAUCUCUAACUCCUCAACGAGUCUGGAAGACCUGCCCACUCCUACAUGAAGAGCACAGCACCCCACUCCGGUCCUGUAAGCCCCCUUUGCAUUGCACAGAGAUGAUGGAGGUGAACAGGACUUGCCUUGAUUGCUGGACCCCUGGAGCAGCUGGCACAGAGCAAGAACUGGAGGAUCAUGCUUCUCCUGGGCUGACCACUGCUCUGGCUGCGGUGCUGAUCUUCACCAUCGUUGUGGACAUCCUAGGCAAUGUACUGGUUAUUCUGUCAGUCCUCAGGAACAAAAAGCUCCAGAAUGCUGGCAACAUCUUUGUCGUCAGUUUGUCUGUUGCGGAUCUUGUAGUGGCGGUGUACCCGUAUCCGGUAAUCCUCAUAGCUAUUUUCCAUAAUGGAUGGACGCUGGGUAAUAUUCAUUGCCAAAUUAGUGGAUUUCUUAUGGGACUAAGUGUCAUCGGUUCUAUCUUCAACAUUACAGCCAUAGCCAUUAAUAGAUACUGUUAUAUCUGCCACAGUCUGCGGUAUGAUAAGCUUUAUAACCAGAAAAGCACAUGUUGUUAUCUCUGUUUGACUUGGAUACUGACUGUUAUUGCAAUUGUGCCAAACUUUUUUGUUGGAUCUCUACAGUAUGACCCAAGGAUUUUCUCAUGUACUUUUGCCCAAACAGUCAGUUCUUCAUACACAAUAACAGUGGUUGUGGUGCAUUUUCUUGUUCCUUUGGCUGUGGUGACAUUCUGCUACAUGAGGAUAUGGGUUUUAGUCAUUCAGGUCAAGCACAGAGUGAGACAAGGCUGCAAGCAGAAACUGACACAAACAGACCUACGGAACUUUUUGACUAUGUUUGUUGUGUUUGUCCUUUUUGCGGUCUGUUGGGGACCUUUAAACUUUAUUGGCCUAGCAGUGGCCAUCAACCCUUUUCAGGUUGCUCCGAAGAUUCCAAAAUGGCUGUUUGUAUUGAGUUACUUCAUGGCCUACUUUAACAGUUGCCUCAAUGCAUUCAUCUAUGGUCUUCUCAAUCAAAACUUCCGCAAGGAGUACAAAAGAAUACUGAUGUCUUUGUUGACACCAAGACUGCUAUUCAUUGACACAUCAAAAGGUGGGACAGAGGGAGCUAAAAGCAAACCUUCUCCAGUUGUUACCAAUAAUAAUCAGGCUGACAUAUGUGUGUAG